UUUCAGACCGCCCAAUCAAUAAUUUAGGAUGUCUGGCUGGGCUGCUUAUAUCAAGAAUCUGCUUGAUUCAAGUCAAGGUAUACAACGAGCUGCUAUUGUUGGUUAUCCAGACGGUUCUGUAUGGGCAAGGUCUGAAGGUGACCGUGAAUUCCGGGCAACAGAUGAAGAGUUAAAGAAAUUUGUCAGUCUAUAUGAUCAUAUUGAAAAGGUGCCAGCUGUUGGUUGCGAUUUGGAAGGUGUGCAUUAUAUAGUGCCACGGACGGAACAGAAUCUCAUUUUUGGUAAACGCGAUAAAACUGGAAUAUUUGCAGCUAAAACUAAAUCAGCUGUGCUGAUUGCUUGCUAUAAGGGAGAAAAUGCAGCAGAGGUACGUGUAGCAGUUGAGAAACUUGCGCAAUAUUUAAUGGAUUCUGGAUACUAAAAAUUUUGAAUUGGUGUUUUCAUCGCUUACGAAAGAACAUUUCACUUUCAUCGGAAUCAUGAACUUAUGAGUGCUUUUUUUUAAAUUUUUCACACAGAAUCUUGAAAGUUUUGCAUCUUUUCAUGAUCUGAAAUUCCGUCCUCUAGAGGUUUUCACAGACUAGUAAAUCCUCUUCUUUUUGGUCGGCUCACGCAGUUGUCACCGUUUUCUUAUUCUGCUGCGUUAUUUAUUUCCAGUCUUCCAUUCUCACAUUUCGAUGUAUUGUUGUCAUUCUUGGAAGAAGCAAAUUUUCCACUACAUUUCAGAUUUCAUUUCAGCUAUUUGUUAUAAUAUUGCUUUGACUUCUUUUCUAAGCAUAACUCUUGCAUCACCACUUUCUUUUGCAACCAUUCCAG